AUGACUGAAGUGUGGGAUUGGAACAUUUAUGGAACCAAACUCAAGUUUGAUGGAUGGUUUCUUAACACUGCCGAUGAGGAUGGUGACGGAGGUGAGGAUGGUGACGGUGGUGAGGAUGGUGCCGGAGGUGUGGAUGAUGACGGAGGUGAGGAUGGUGCCGGAGGUGAGGAUGGUGACGGAGGUGAGGAUGGUGAUGGAGGUGAGGAUGAUGAUGGAGGUGAGGAUGGUGCCGGAGGUGAGGAUGGUGACGGAGGUGAGGAUGAUGCUACAUUUGCAUUGGAGGAUAUCGGUCGUGAAAUUGUGUCAUGUUUACGUGUGGUGCAAUUGUUGGCCAUUCGUGCAAACUUCCGUAUCAGCCAUAUCAACGCAUUGGACUGGAACCAAUAUACAAACAUCUAUAAGGCACUUGCGGGGGAAGUACAAGAGGAAGGAAUGGAUUUGGUACUCACUGGACCAUAUAGGAUGCUAGAGGCUUACUCCACCUUGGGCUUGGAGGUUUUCACAGCCGACGAUGAUGAGGGGUCUUCUACCGGUCGUAUUUUCAAAAGGUGGGAUGUUGCUUGGCCUGAUGAGGUUGAGGAAUUCACACAAACCAUCUAUGGAGGCCUUGGCCGCAAGUUGGAGGUCACAUACUUGGUGAUUCCGGAAGCCAUUGAGACCCAUGUUGAGGUCAGGUUGAACCUCAAAGACCUCGGUUCGAAAAGCCGCGCUGUGUAUGGUAGCGUCAAGUCAAUUGCCAUUGACUAUGGGAGCAAAAGCGUCCAUCUCUUCAGUUGUGAACGAGGAAAGAGCUUGUCCCUGCCCUGUGGUUCCACGUGCAUUCUUCCACUGCAACCACACAUGAUUGCAUUGCCAUAUCUUGGACAUUUCGACCUCCAGAUAGAGGUGGACCUAAGAGUAAUCACAACCUGUGACAGCCAAGAAGAGGACAAGAAUUUGAAAUUCUGUCUAGACUGCAGCCGUAGAAUUAGGAGUGAAGAACGUGUAGAGCACCGUCUUAGAAUUAGGAGUCAAAAAGAGAAGUUGAUGGUGAUCAAGUUGAAGUGA